AGAUACAGAGCAUACUGAUUUCUAAAAACAGAACAACCACAAACAUAAAGAAUCAAGAACCGGAAAAUGGUGAAGGUGAUGUGGGUUUCCGUUCUAGCUCUCGUGGCAGCGGUUCUCCUCGUGACGGUGGAAAAACUUCCGGUGGCCGAAGGAGUGACCUGCUCGGUGACGGAACUGUCUCCAUGUUUGGCGGCGUUUAUGUCAUCUUCGUCACCGUCGGCGUCGUGCUGCGCCAAGCUGAGAGAGCAGAAGCCAUGCCUUUGUGGGUACAUGAGGAACCCUAGCCUCCGCCAAUACGUUAGCUCCCCAAACGCAAAAAAAGUCUCCAACGAUUGCAAGGUUGCUUCCCCAAACUGUUAAUCAUGAUUAAUAAGUGACAAGUUUACCUGAUUAUGAGUGUUAAGUUACAAGUAAAAGUGGGUCUUGUCCUCUUUCACUAGUGUUUAAUAUAAUAAUGGGUGAUGAUGAUCAUCAUCAUCAUCAUCAUGCUUGAAUGAUAUGUAUGUUUCUGUCUUGUAAAACAUGAAAAAUAUAGAUUUUACCAAAACAAA